AUGAAUUUUCGAAUAGUGUCACCGUAUCCAGUGAAUGUUAAGCAGAACCAGGAAGUGAUCAGUAGGUUGAAGAACUACACUCAGCCAGAAUACACCCACAUCGAACCGCUAUAUGAAAUACCAGUUUUUGGAGAAUUGGAUGUGGACAAGUUCCUCCAAGAACAAAGGCUUAAGAAGCCAGCCAGUCAUUUGAAUGGAACUAAUCAUGCAAAGGUUUCUUCGAACAAUCUGGCCACUGUGGAUGCUGAAAUCGAGGCAAAUACUAAGCUAUAUGUCGAGCUCGCUGAUCUCCUACCGCAGAAUAGGCAGCAGCAACAAGCGACUGUCAUUCUUCAAAAUUGCCCAGCACUCCGAAGAAAUGCAAUGGAAAAAGUUUUGAGAGAUAUUGUGUCUAUAUUGCCCGUCAAAGGUCAGUUCAAAUGGACGGAGUUGACAGAACGAGAUUUCGGAGAGUCCAGUAAUAUAUUCGUACGCUUUUCGAAUCUAGAUUUAGCAGAGCUGUUCUGUGGGGUUCUUCCACAAUUUAAAGAUGCCUUUGGCGUUGAAGUUACGGCGAAUCUAGAAGGAAAGGCAGUCGAUGUUGAUGAUGACCUACUCAGACAAACAGUGUCUAGUGUUUCUAGCGUUAUAGUCAACAAGACAAAUCACGGAAGGAGCUCGAAGAAAACAGGAACUGAAGAUUUGGAUGAGGUUAUGCAGCACUACAGUACUUACACUGUCGACAACGCGGAUUUAGUCGAUAUACCUUUAGAAUUAAGGGACAAGAUUGUCAAGGAAAUAAUAAAGUUUAGAACGAGAGUCUUGACAAUUGAAAGGAAUAGAAGAAAGGACGAGUUGGAGAUAGAGAGGCGGAAAGCCAAGGCAACACUUACAAGCAUAUUUCAAGACAUCAAAGAUCCUAGCUCUACGACAGAUACCCAGGAUCAAGAUGGUAUGGAUGUCGCAGAUGAUGAUGAUGUUGAUGAUGAACAACAACUGGACUUUGAUAUGGCUGAUGACGAAUACAUUAAGAAGAUGAAUCAAGAUGAAACGAGAAAGGAGCAAGAAGCAUAUGAGCGAGCGUUGAAGAAAAUGAAGCGUCUUGAACAGACCGAGAUCACUUCGUUGCUUCUGCAGCUCGAGACAGAACAGAACUAUGAGUUGGAGUUAAUGGACAACAAACUCACUUACUUGGAGGAAUUUAAGUCAUUUGUUGACUUCGACAACCCGCGUGUCAAUCCCAUUCUCUCCUCUCAUUUACAGCUUUACUAUAACGAUCAUUCCGAAUAUCUACGGGUAAGAAACCUCGAAAGAUCGAAGGAGGAAGAACUCGAUGCUGCUGACGCGGAGAUGGAGUCGCUGGAGACUCAUGAUGAAUCAAUGAUGAAUAUCCAAGCGAAGCUGCCUUCACCACAACAAGUGAAAGAUUUGGGUCAUAUCAUCGUCCUGGAGCUUUCAAAAGAUAAACUUUUAGCAUUGAAGGAAAAGAUCGAGAACUUGAUUGAGGAGUAUUUGGGAGUGAAAGAAGAAUUGUUGGUGGACUUUGUGUACGAUUUCCUUAUUAGUAACAAUCUCUCACAAAGAGAUGUGUUGACUGCCGAAUUACAAGAAACUCUCGAUGAAGACUCAAACGUUGUUGUUGAGGAGCUCUACAAAUUUCUCACUCAGCGGUGA